GCGAGGCUCGCUAUGAGCCCACUCUCGAGGCAACUUAGGGGAAACGAACGGUCCAACAUCGGAUGAUUCUUAUCUGGUGGACGCCAUGAGUGGGAAUCCGUUAAACUCUCUGGGUUGGAACCGACAGAAUCCAGCUGUCAAAUGCUAAGCUGCUCUUAGUAGUAACUAAUUCUAUAGAAAUACGAACAAUGGCGGCAACAACGACGAUUGAGGUCCCGCAUUUAGGCGGCAUCAGAGUUGGCUAUGCCCUCUCUGGAGAUCGCUACGAUGACUCGAAGCCCACUGUCGUUCUAAUCAAUUCGAUGUGUACGACAGUCUCUCUGUAUCGUGAGCAGUUCAGCGACACUAAACUCACGGAUGUCGUGAACCUGCUUGCCAUUGAGCCUCUGGGUCAUGGCGCCACGAGUACAAAGGCAGAGCACUGGACGUACUGGGAUACGGCAACCAUGGCCCUGCAGGUCAUGGAUAAGUUGGGGAUUCAGAAGGCAUUUGCUCUAGGAACCAGCCAGGGAGGAUGGAUUGUUGUCCGCAUGGCUAUGCUGGCGCCGGAACGGAUACUCGGUGUCAUUCCCCUCGGCACAUCUAUGGACAGUGAAUCGGCCGACUCGCGCACGAAGAACUGCUGGGAUCCUUUCCCCAUCAUCAAGCCUUUUUAUGAGAAGUGGUCCAGCGCUACCGAAACUCCAGACUUCGUGAUCGAUGACGUCUGGUGUGGACUGGUUGCGACCCUCGGUUUUGGCAACGGUGUGUCACCGGAGACGGUCGAGUUUUGGAAAUCCACCGUGAGAGACGUUUAUCGGGGCGAUGAGGGCAGAAGGAAGGCCCGCAUGGCAUGUAUCUGUCUCCUAGAGCGUGACGGCUUGCUCUUGAGAUUGCCGGAUGUCAAGUGCCCCGUGUACUGGUUGCAAGGAACCGAAGAUGUGCCUUAUGGCCAGGUCGUUCCCGCCGAACAAAUUAAAAUGUUCACCGCGUCAAAGGAAGCAAAGCUCGUCCCUGUCCAGGGUGGUGCUCACUAUCUGAAUGCGACUAGCCCGACUGAAAUCGCAGAUGCUAUUCUGGAGAUGGUUCGCAAGCAUCAAUAGAAGGAUCGAUCAGUUAGAGAUACACAAUCAUGUUGCUCGUGUCAAUGCAUAUUAUCACAAGUCUGCUGAUUAUGCUUGACGAACAACGCAACUGCUAAUUCAUGCGUCCCUGCCACCUCUAAAAUUCCGCUCAACUUCCGGGUUAGGAAUAGCGAGUCUCAUAGAUGUAGUUAGAUAGCUUUCUGGAGCUUGGA